UAGAAGCAAGCUUGUAUCUGGCCCACCAUGACACCCACGGAGUUCAUGAGCCUCGUCCCCAAUAUGUCUGCUGACUACAUCUAUGACCCCAUGGACGACGACUAUGUGACCUUAAACUUCACAAACUUCUUCUGUAAGAAAAACAACGUCAGGCAGUUUGCAAGCCACUUCCUCCCACCCUUGUACUGGCUCGUGUUCCUCGUGGGCACCCUGGGCAACAGCCUGGUCAUCCUCGUCUACUGGUACUGCACGAGGGUGAAGACCAUGACGGACAUGUUCCUGCUGAACCUGGCCAUCGCCGACCUCCUCUUCCUCCUCACUCUUCCCUUCUGGGCCAUCGCCGCCGCUGACCAGUGGAAAUUCCAGACCUUCAUGUGCAAAGUGGUCAACAGCAUGUACAAGAUGAACUUCUACAGCUGCGUGCUGCUGAUCAUGUGCAUCAGCGUGGACAGGUACAUCGCCAUCGCUCAGGCCACGAGAGCGCAGACCUGGCGGCAGAAAAGGCUUCUGUACAGCAAGGUGGUGUGCGUCACCGUCUGGGUGAUGGCGGUCGCCCUCUGCACCCCAGAGAUCCUGUACAGCCAGACCAAGGAGGAGUCCGGCAUCACCCUCUGCACCAUGGUGUACCCUCACGACAAGAGUGCCAGGGUGAAGUCGGUGGUCUUGACCCUGAAGGUGAUCCUGGGGUUCUUCCUCCCCUUCGUGGUCAUGGCCUGCUGCUACACCCUCAUCAUCCACACUCUCAUCCACGCCAAGAAGUCGUCCAAGCACAAGGCCCUGAAGGUGACCGUCACCGUCCUCACGGUCUUCUUCGUGUCCCAGCUCCCCUACAACAGCGUCCUGCUGGUGCAGACCGCCAACAUCCACACCAAGUUCAUCUGGGACUGCACCAUAUCCAACCGCAUCGACAUCUGCCUCCAGGUCUGCCAGACCAUCGCCUUUUUCCACAGCUGCCUGAACCCCGUGCUCUACGUCUUUGUGGGGGAGCGGUUCCGCCGGGACCUCAUGAGAACCCUGAAGAACCUGGGCUGCCUCAGCCAGGCGCAGUGGACCUCCUUCACGAGAAAGGAGGGCAGCCUGAAGCUGUCCUCCAUGGUGCUGGAGACGACCUCGGGGCCCCUCUCCCUCUGAGGGGCCUUCUCUCUGAGGGGGCUCGUCCUUUGGGGAGUAGAAUGAUCAAUACGUGUGCGGCUCCCCGCCCAUGGCCCCCAGUGGGGCCAGAGGGACACCAAAGAAGGAAAAGGAAGCGAGAAAGAGAAAACUCCAAAAAAAUGAAUCGGAAAAUGAUUCCUUUGAGUCAGAACUUGCCGAGACAGGGUUUUCAGAACGGACUGGCCAUCCCAGGAGGCUCCGACUGGCGCCCAGUGGCGACGCCUGCAGUUUUCAAAGGCGAACGAACCGGCAGGCGGUGGGGGCAGACCACCCCAGCCGCCCCUGGCCCGCGGCGGCGGCGGCGGCGGCCGAGAUUCUCCGCGCAUGCGCAUGGCCGCGGUUU